AUGUUCUCGUCAUCCCACAUCUCACAGACCAGUCUGCACGGCGCGUCUGCAUCCAUGCUGUCAUGUUCUCACACUCUCAACAACCCCUCGCGUGGUUUCACGGACGGGAGUUCUCUCGUCGUCAUUACACAACAUACCCCACCUGGGGAAGCUAACAGGCGUCAGCGGCAACACACCGACAGCAUCCCCUCCGGUUCCAAGAACAAGCGUUCUACUACUCCCAAGAAAGACAGCACCCGUGACCGACAGGGUGUCCGCGUACGCCAACAGAAAGCCUCACGCGCGAAUUCCACAGGACGCAGUCGUACCCCCUGCGGUCUCGUGGUGCGGUCAGGGCUCACCUGCAGUCAACUCGGCCAUACCUCGGCCUCCUCGUCCAGGGUCCUUGCAUGCGGCCUCCCAGCCUUGGCCGAGUUUCUAGCCUACAGGAUCUCUCGGGCUUCCUCUGUGCUGCUCUCUGACCCCUGUUUCCAGCUGCACUCCAUCCAGCAUCUGUUAGGAGAGGGAGCAGACUCCUCCGGCCCCCCGGCAGCCGUCACCUCAAUCCCUGCCGCCCCCCGUCCAGUCGUCGGGUCCCUGGUGUCGGCCGUGGCCCCGGUGAUCCCUGCAGCUGCUGCAAACACCGGCGCUUCAGAACGCAAGCACUUCUCCCUGCACGCAUACACAGACUACAUCAGCGAGGACGAGAAGCAGAAGGUGGAGCUGAUGUUGGCGUUUCUGACGGAGGAAUCCAAAGAGGCGGCAGCCAGCACGGCGCCGACCAGUGAAGAAGAUCUCUGCCCGAUCUGCUACGCUCACUCCAUCUCAGCCAUCUUCAAACCCUGCUCACACAAGUCCUGCAAAGCCUGCAUCAACCAGCAUCUGAUGAACAACAAGGACUGCUUCUUUUGCAAGGCCACAAUCACCGGGGUGGAGGACUACAGCAAGCCUGCAGCCUGCUAACACAAACAGACAGACACACACACACACACACACACACACUAAAGCGUUAUAUAAAAAUAGAGGCGUAGACGGGAAUACGGCAGCGUCCUUCGGUGUCAGAACUAGCUGUCAUAUUAGCACAUCUCACCUCUACCUGUCAGUGCAGGUACACACACACACACACACACACACAUACACACAGGAUGGCAGGUGUAUAGAGAAACUGGAACACAGAUACACAGACAGGAACAGUGAUAUCUCUUCCUAAAUAUGGAUUUCUGAACUUUACAGACCCGGUCACUCACUGACAUUCAUUUCAGCAAGGAUCAUAUUGUGUUAAACCGUAAUUCUUAUAGAUGUAAUACUGUACAUUGUAUUAUCUAUAUUUUGAGUCAUGGAGUCUUUAGUGUGAGUUUUCUUGGGUAAACAUUACAUGAGUGAAAUGUCCAUCAUUCAGUUGUUUAUCAUCCAAAAAUGUUGUCAACUUAGGGUUCACAAUUCCUGUCACUAGUGCGUGCCUGUUCGGAACGGGCCGAUGGCACACAGCUUUAUCUAACUGUAAGGCUUAGCCUACUGGAGACGCCGCUCUUAAACAGCACGCACAACGGGCGGAGAAAUGUGCACAGAACAGGUGGAGAAAUGUGCACAGAACGGGCACACAGAGAUUCCUCGAUUUAUAGUUAAUGACCCGUUAAACAAACUAAUUAACUUGACAACUCUUUGUGUUCUUGCUUAGAUUGAAUAUGUUUGACUUUACUCCAAGCAAUUCAUGAGCACAUAUAAUGACUUAUAACCAGAACUAGAAUUUCUUUUAUUUUUACGUUUUUCAGCGGUGAUCCAGGAUGAAAAUCUGCAGAAUUUAGCGGACUAUGAGAGUUAUUAUAAUAGAGAAUUAUAAUAAAGUCUGAUCCUUGCAAAAAUGAAUGUCAGUAUUAGGUAGUAUUAUGAUACCUGGUGUGUUAUGAUUGUUAUAAAACAUUAUGAAUGAGAAGGAGUGCUUAUAACUAUAGUUACACAGGGUUAUAAACACAUUAUAAGUAUGUUUAUUACCCUUUAUAGACACUACCAUCCUGAUUUGAAAAUAAAUCAGACAAACAAUCAGAGACUCCAUACCACCACCAAACGUUGUAGUUUUGUGUCUCUGUGAGUCAAGAGUCGCGCUGCUUUGGGGGCCUUGAACAGGUUUGAUCUCAGGGGCCCCCCCGGUGUCUCAUAAUCCAUCCAGGACCGACCUGCAGGUCUGCAUGCAUGGAUCCUUCCACACCAGCGUACUGUAAACAUGAGGAAACACACAGCGAUGCAGGGAACAGCUUCCAGCCUUCUGAACAGACUUUAAAGGCUUUAACUCCCACUGUACUGUCUCACACUUUAAUAACAAGUCACUAGAAAAGAAAUAGGACUCUGGACUGAAGAAGUGUGUUUCUGUUAAACGGCUGCUGGCUGUAGUUUUUAUAAUAUUAAAGGGGUUUUUGUUGUUUUUUUGUA